GUAGUACUGCCAUUUGCUUGUUUCCCAGAUCACAAUAUUUAGCCUGAUCAUUCUGUGCUAAAGCUAAUGCAUUGUGCAAAUGCAAUAUUAGAAACAUAAAAUAACGUUUCACAGCAUUUUACAAACAAAAGCAUUUGCAGAUUAAAGAACGUCACACGUGACGUCAUUUCACUAUGUCAUUGCUCUUCAUUGAGCCUCCCAGAUUACUUUCACUUACAAGGCUACUUCACUGACUCUGCAUCAUCUUCAGCGAAAACUGAAAAUGAAUCACGUCUUUAUUUUUCUCUUCUUGCUGUUGUGUGUUCGUGGGCAUGAUAUAGUGCCAGUGUCUGUGAUAGAGGGAGAUUCACUCACUCUAUACAUUGAUAUUGAAACAAUCCAACAAGAAGAAAUUAGAUGGUAUUUUAAUGACAUUCCCAUUGCUGACAUCACUGGAGAUCAGAGUAAGAACUGUACAGAUGUUCAGUGUAAUAACGGUGCAGAUAAAUUCAGAAAAAGACUGAAGGUGAAUUAUAUGACUGGAUCUCUGACCAUCACAAACAUCAAAACCACAGACUCUGGACUCUAUAAACUACAAAUCAAUAGCAGCAGCAACAGUCUUCAGCUCUUCAGUGUUUCUGUCUAUUAUGCUCCUGAACGAGAUACAAUGAAGACAAAGUUAGUGACGGAGGGAGAAUCUGUCGUUUUAGAUCCUGUUGUAGUAAAAACCACAAACUAUUUGAUGAAAUGGCUUUUUAAUGACAUUCGCAUCGCUGAAAUCAAUGGAGAUCUUAGUUUUAUUUGUACAGAUGUUCAGUGUUUAUAUGCUGAUGUCAGAUUCAGAGACAGACUGAAACUGAAUCAUAGGACUGGAUCUCUGACCAUCACAGACACCAGAACCACAGACUCUGGACUCUAUUAUCUACUCAUAACCACCAUCAGAUUCAGUCUCAUAAAGAGCUUUAUUGUUAAUGUCACUGGUUAUGUUGAUGCAGAGAGAGUGUCAGUGAUGGAAGGAGAUUCUGUCACUCUACACACUGAUGUUGAAACAAACCAACAAGAAGAGAUUAGAUGGUAUUUUAAUGACAUCCGCGUCGCUCAAAUCAAUGGUGAUUUCAGUUUUAUCUGUACAGAUGUUCAGUGUAAAUAUUCUGAUGAGAGAUUCAGAGACAGACUGAAGCUGGAUCAUCAGACUGGAUCUCUGACCAUCACAAACACCAGAACCACAGACUCUGGACUUUAUCACAACGAAGUCAUCGGCGGUAGCAGCAUCAAUCAUGGCAUCGUCAGUGUUACUGUCCGUGAGGUUUCUGAUGCUGAACAAGAUGAAAUGAAGAGAAAGUCAAUGAAGGUGGAAGAAUCUGUCACUUUAGACACUGGAGUGAUAAAAAUGCCAAAUUAUUUAAUGGCAUGGUAUUUUAAUGACAUUCGCAUCGCUGAAAUCACUGGAGACCAGAGUAAGAUCUGUACAGAUGCUGAUGAGAGAUUUAGAGGCAGACUGAAGCUGGAUCAUCAGACUGGAUCUCUGACCAUCACAAACACCAGAACCACAGACUCUGGAGAUUAUAAACUACAGAUCAACAGCAGCAGAAUCAGCAUCAUAAAGAGCUUCAAUGUCAAUCUCCCCAAUUCUGGUCUAUCUCCAGCCGCUGUAGCAGGAAUAACAGGACUAUGUGUUGGUGUACCUGUUGUCUUGCUGCUCGUUGCUGCUGGUUGGAUUUACCAUCGCAAACGUCAAGCUGGACAACAUGACAUGGCGAUGCGGUUCAGUACACAUGCAAGAAACUACAAUUAAUCUGCCUGUCUCCAAAAUACGGUUUCAGAUCUUGAAUCUGUUUUCUUGAAGAUGGAUAAAGACCCUGCUGAUGACUCCUGCCAAUGAAUCCGACUGAAACGGAGGCUGCCGAUGAGACAACACAGUAACUUUAUUUAUGAUGGUAAUACUUUCAUUGAAAGGGAACAUAAAGAAAAGUUGGGAAACUAAUAGUGUCACGAUACCAAGAUUUCAGUAUUCAGCACCAAUACCAGUGAAAUUUCACCUUGACCCCAAUUUCAAUUAAUUAAAUUCAAACACAUUUUCUAUAAUUAGGUUUUAAGUAAUUUAAAUAACAAACAAAAAAGCAGCCGAAUUUGUUUCUUAAUUAUGUAGCAUUGAUUCAGAAAAGACAAACAGUAAAUUUGCAACUAAAUAUGUUUGAGAAAUCCCCACCAGAAAGUUUCAAGUAGUUUUUUUUUUUUUAAGUUAAAACUGUAACAGGAGUUAGAGGCAGACAUUUUAGUCUGUUUUUAAAUGUUUAAAUGCUUUCUUGAGCCGAUAAAAUAAAGAAACAGAGAAACAGGUUUUUCAGUAUGUCAAGGUUUAUUAAAGCUGCUAAUGUUAUAUCCUAACAUUUUUCAUAUUAGCAUCUUGACACUUUAGAACAACCACCCUGAUGAAAACACCAGUAUGCUGUUAUUCCCAAGAUUCAUAUUACUAGCUGGAGUCCUUCAAUUUAGGUUAUGCUUUGUGCUUUUGUUUGUUUGUUUGGGGUGUUGUAGCUUUCUGGUUAAAGGUUCAAAUCCUGCAAGUGUUGAUCCAUGAAAUCUCACCAUUGUGUCCUUGACUGAACUCUGAAUCUAAUUCAACCUGUAAUAACUGCACUGAAAGACACCGUGAAGAGAGAACCAGUAACAAAAUGCUGAAUGUGUUUUUUUGUAUUUUAUUUUAUAUAUAUAUAUAUUAUGUAUAUGUAUAUAUGUUAUAUAUUUUAACUGUCACUGGAUGUUAUUAAGUAUCUGAAGGGUGUAAGCACAUUUAAAGGAACAAAAUGUAUGCCAUCCAGAUGUAGAUGAUUUUGUUUCUUCAUCAAAACAGAUGUGGAUAAAUUUAGCAUUAGAUCAUUUGAAAACCAUUGGAUCCUGUGUAGUGAAUGGAAACACUUGUACACAAUACACAAUGGACUAGUGACAAUGCUCGGAAUAUGCAUACAAUAAUCAGGGACUAAUCAAAUAAGAAAAACUUCAAAGGACUACAAACAUGACACAAGAAACAGGAACACAAAUCGAAAGUCCAGGGACAGAACCAGGUAACUGUUACAAUCUACAAACUACAAUCCAUAACAGUGCAUUAUAACCUCCAGUGUAAUGUGAUCUGAUGAAGAAAAACUCAUCUACAUCUUGGGUGGCCUGAUGGUGGGUAGCUUUCCAGGAAACUUUACAUUUAUCAUGGUGCUAAUUUUUGUAAAUGUUCUCAGAAACUACAUUUCUACCACUUAACUACCAGAAUAUUUGAUUUGUUUUCCAUCAAGCUUUUAAAACACUUAAUUUGUGUAAAUUCUGUUAUGUUGUUCUAUUUACACAAAUGAAGCAGUUGUGUAAUAUGCAUAAAAAUUCAAUUAUAGUUUGAUGUAUUUAGGUAAUAUAUUAUGUUUAAUGGUAUAUUAUUUUGUUGCCACAUAUGGGACAUAUUGAAUUUAUAAAUACAAUGAAUGUAACAUUUAUUUAUGAUGUUUUACAUAUAAACCCAAUAAUACAGAAGCAGCUGUACAGAGUUGAAUUCAGGGUCAAAGAGAUAAGGAAAAGACCACAGUCUGUUGUUUAAAAGCUUUUAUUAAAAAUGGGUUUUAUUAAGAAAAAGACAAGACACUUUGUUAUUAAGGCAAUGUGGUUUCAUAAGAGAAUAGUCAAAGUGAAAGUGAAAGUGACAUGAUGUGUGGCCAAGCAUUUAUCCACAGCAGUGAGUAUAGUGAACACACACACACACACUGUGAACACACACCCGGAGCAAUGGGUAGCCUUUUUUUGCUGUGGCGCCCUGGGAGCAGUUGGGGGUUCGGUGCCUUGCUCAAGGGUCUUACUUCAGUCGUGGUAUUGAAGGUGGAAGAGAGCGCUGUACAUU